AUGCCCUUCUGCCGCAGGAGAGACAACAAGUCCCGUUUUCCCUACGCCUGGUACUGGCGAGGCAAGUCGCUGCGCAAAGGCGAGGAUCAAGGAGAGUUCAUCACGCCGGUAUGCAUGGAUCUCCCACGAGAGAGGGAACAUCAGUCCCUCGAUCCACCGUACGCUUCGGUGAACAGAUCCCACCAUCAUCACCCUCAUCCUCGUCGUCAUCAUCACCGACCCAGCGACCACGUCCGCAGGGCGGAGAACAACACCAAGACCGAUAAUCGACGCAGAUAUAUCCUUCGGGAGUUGGAUGUCCGGCUGGGAAUCAUGGCCAGGAAGUACUACAUCGCUACCCUUGCAUCUAUCAUGGGGAUUCGUCGUCGGUCUCCAUCUCCCCCAGGGAAUUUAAACCGUCGGUGCCUUGUCCUGUGCAUCUGCAGCCUGAGCAUCGUGGGUCCUGUCCGGCAUGUAGGAAGCAUCAUUAUCAGGGCCAGUGUUAUCUGCGACGCGGUCGUUCGGUCCGUGAGUGCUGCCAUGGCUGCUUCGUCCCGGAGGAUCAUGCUCUACCGAGGGAUCUCUGGGACGCAGAUGAACCUGACGAUGUAG